AAUGAACUCACUACCGUUGAACCGUUGACACUAAGCUGUCAUUCUGUCACAUCACAUUUGCGUGGUUAGGUCCAAACUUGCCAAACUAAUUGUGAGUUGUUUCUUCGUUCAAGCAAGCUGCUCUUGGAAUAAAUAAAUAAAUAAACGGCAUUCGUCCAGUCCCUGUUAUGAAGGUCCUAAGAGGAGCGCAAAGGUGCUAAAAUAUUGUUAUGCACACAUAACCUGAUGCAGAAAUUCCCGACCUAAAGAAGCCUUCUUCCCCAAAGCAUCACCGUUGCAAGCCCGAUCAGAAUGUCGCCGGUCGUCUGAUCUUGAGUUACCUUGACUGACGCCCGGGCCCCCCGCCCGCCUUGCUUGCCCUUCUGCCUGGGUGCUGCGCCUCGUUACAAAGCUCACUCUCUUUGAGCCAAAGUUCGAUAGUUCCCUGCAGCGGUUCGGCUUGUCUCUUUGCAACUCAUCGAACUUCUUCGACGCAGUGGAUCGGUGGGAGUGAGUAUUUUUGUACGGAUUAGCCUUUGCAAAAACACGUACGCCACGACCGACUGCAGCCUUUGGGGAGCUUGGGUCCCAUUCGACAGACAGGCUUUCUGUACAAUCAGUGAGAACCCCACAACCCCGCAAUCCCUUACCAACGACCACCUCCCUACCUGUUCCCCCGUCGCAAUGGCGGCCGAGCUGCGGGAGCGCGUCGCCAAGCCGCAGAUCGACCAUUACUUGUCCCCGGAUACACUCGGCCUGAAGAAGUCCAAAUCAUCCUCGAACGAAAUCAAGAGCGACACGAAACGAGAAGCGCGGCAGGAGCAUCCUGCCGGCGACGAGAAAUAUGGCCGCGUCGUUGCGAUCCUUAGGCGGCUUGCCUUUGUGUCCUACUUUGCCAUCUGCGUCUGCACCAUCAUGUUCACCCAGCUCAUCGGCGCGCCGCUUUACUGGUACAACCGCGACUGGUACUACUCAUGGAUGUCCAUGACCAAGGCACACUUUGGAAUCACCAUCACCACCAUGACCAAGUGGUGGGGCCCUACGAUAAUCCGCAUCAGCGGCGACGACUCAAUGGACGGUCAGAUCCGCCAAAAGUCCGACGGCACUGUUGAGUUCGCCUUCCCCGAGCGUCUCGUCAUGAUCGCCAACCACCAACUCUACACGGACUGGCUGUACCUUUGGUGGGUGGCCUACGCCAACAGCCCGCAGAUGCACGGUUGGAUCUACAUAAUCCUCAAAGAGUCGCUCAAAUACAUACCCGUCAUUGGCACAGGCAUGAUGUUUUAUGGGUUCAUCUUCAUGUCGCGCAAGAUGGCCGUCGACAAGCCGCGCCUGGCCCACAGACUCCAGAAGCUCAAGACCUCGAGUGCCGACCCCAGUGCCUCGGCCGGCCGUUCUCUCAACCCCAUGUGGCUGCUCCUCUUCCCCGAGGGCACCAACGUAUCCAAGAAUGGUCAGGUCAAAUCUGCCAAAUGGGCAGACAAGAUUGGCGUCAAGAAUCCGCAACACAUGCUGCUCCCUCGCAGUACCGGCAUGCACUUUAUUUUGAGUGAGCUCAAGGGUACUGUAGACUAUGUGUAUGACUGCACUGUUGCAUAUGAGGGAAUACCUCGAGGUGAUUUUGGCGAGCAAUACUUCACCCUCUCCAGCACCUACUUUGAAGGCCGUCCACCCAAGUCUGUCAACUUCCAUUGGCGCCGCUUCCGCGUGGCCGACAUACCGCUCGACACCUCAGAGGCGUUUGAGGAGUGGAUGCGCGAGCGCUGGUACGAGAAAGACGAGCUCAUGGAGAAGUACCUCACCGACGGCCGCUUCCCAUCAAGCAAGGUGGCCAUCGCGGGCGCCAAGUCGUCAGACGAUGCGUAUAUAGAGACUGAGGUCCGGCCAAGGUGGCCAGGAGAGGUGAUACAGCUGUUCUCUGUUGUGGGGCUGGUCUCGAUAGUUUCGAAAUUCAUUCUCAGGGCUUGGUCUCGCAUCUUCUAGCCCAGGUCUUUUGAUUUAAGUUGCUGUUAACUUCCACGCAUGUGGACAGUGGUCUGCACAAUCCUCUGUUUGGAUAUUUAGCAUUGGAUGGAAGUACUUUCUGGGCACAAACGGGAGUGGCGUUAUGGCAACUGCUUUCCUUCCCUUUUUGUUUCGGACAAGUUGCUACGAUGGUUCUGAUUUUUCUUGCGAUUACUGAUCGGGCGCAUACUUGGCUUAUCCAGGGAUAACAUGGCUGAUUUCCCAUAUGGCACGUUGAUGGUGGUGCCUGGGCGUUGUUUAUACCCCCUUUAUCAGUCCUUUUUACGCGGUAUUUACUACAAAGGAGUUAUUAUCCGAGCA